CGCACCGCGCAAGCCGGGGCAGGAUCCGGGACGUCGGGGCCGUCCCGGCCGGAGGGUCUCCGAGAGCCCCGAGGGCGUGCGAGGCGGGAGGCGCCAGGGCUGAGGGGCGGGUCUUCAAAGCCCCCUGAAGUGGGAGGGUCGGGACCGCCGCGGGGCCAAUCCGGGAGCGCGCGAGCGGGGGCCGGGCGGAGGGGGGUCCGGGACCGGGCGGGCCGGGGGCGGGGCGCAGCGUCCAGGCGGCGGCGGCGGUGGCGGCGGCUCCUUAGUGUCCGGCUCUGGCUCCCGCUGCGGCUCCGGCCAGCGAUGCCCCACUCCGUGACCCUGCGCGGCCCUUCGCCCUGGGGCUUCCGCCUGGUGGGAGGCCGGGACUUCAGCGCGCCCCUCACGAUCUCUCGGGUCCAUGCUGGCAGCAAGGCUGCACUAGCGGCCUUGUGCCCCGGAGACCUUAUCCAGGCCAUCAAUGGUGAGAGCACGGAGCUCAUGACUCACCUGGAGGCACAGAACCGCAUCAAGGGCUGCCACGACCACCUCACACUCUCCGUGAGCAGGCCUGAAGGCAGGAGCUGGCCCGGUACCCCAGAGGACAGCAAGGCUCAGGCUCACAGGAUCCACAUUGAGCCCGAGGCUCAGGAUGGCAGUCCAACCACCAGCAGGCGGUCCUCAGCCUCGGGGAUUGGCCCCGAAAAUGGCCGAUCUCCUUAUGGUCAGUCACCUCAUCUCCCGGCCCCUCACAAUGGCAGCAGCAGUGAAGCGGCCUUGCUGGCCCAGAUGAGCAGCCUGCAUGUGUCUCCACCCUACAGCACUGACCCAGCCAGAGGCCUCCCGAGAAGCCGAGACGGUGGCAUCGACUUGGGCUCCGAAGUGUACCGGAUGCUGCAGGAGCCCGCCGAGCCCCCGGCCGCUGCGGAGCCCAAGCAGUCAGGCUCCUUCCGCUACUUGCAGGGCAUGCUGGAGGCCAGCGAGGGCGGGGAGCGGCCCGGGCCUGGUGGUCCCCGGAACCUCAAAUCCACGGCCGGCAAACUGGGAGCCCCGCUGAGCGGCCUGCAGGGGCUGCCCGAGUGCACACGCUGCAGCCACGGCAUCGUGGGCACCAUCGUCAAGGCGCGGGACAAGCUGUACCACCCCGAGUGCUUCAUGUGCAGCGACUGCGGCCUGAACCUCAAGCAGCGCGGUUACUUCUUUCUGGACGAGCGGCUGUACUGCGAGAGCCACGCCAAGGCGCGCGUCAAGCCUCCGGAGGGCUAUGACGUGGUGGCGGUGUACCCCAAUGCCAAGGUGGAACUCGUCUGAGCUGCUCCUGGAACACCCCCUCCCUGCCUCUGCUUCUAAUGGCCUAAGCGGCUCGUGUAAAUAUCUGUUUGCCCCUGCCUAUCUAAUAAACUCCCUCUACCGGGGCUUGCCUGCAGCAGUGCCUCAGCCUGUCUCCCUCCAGCGCAGGCCCUGGCUUCCAAGGGUUCCCUCUGUUCAGAUUCCAAGCAUGUCCUGGGCACUGGGUGCAACGAUGAGCAAGACGGGCACUGCGCAGAGCAAGGAGGCCACAGCCUGGGUGGAUGGCGGAGUGAAUCACAAGGGGCAGUUCUAUUCAAAGAGGCAACGUCUGGGGUGCUAUAUGGCGAUGCCGCGCCAAAAGCUCUGACCUCGGUGGAGUCAGGGAAGGUGUCAGCUGAGAACUGAGAAAUAAGGAGGAAGAGCUGCACGGGGUGAGGAACUGUGUGUGCAAAGGUGUGGCAGGGGUGAACACAGACAAGAAAGGCCCUGUCUGGCCACCAGCACGAGCCCGGGCAGCCCCUAGCAGCUACAGGAGAGACUGCGCCUAGGGGUGUGUAUGAGUGGCAGAGGUUGGGACUCUGUGGGCAGUAUCUGUCUCCCUGCACUUUCCCAAACUCUCUCCUGGCGUUCCUCCCUUUCCCCUUUUUCUUUCCCCUUCCCCUCUCUCACCACCAGGGAGUGUGCCUAGUGCCGGGGCGGGGCGGAGUGGGGCUGGAUGUGGGUAAAGAGGAAGAUUUCAGAAAGAGCACUCAGCACGGCUUGGUAGCGUGCACGCCUGUACAGACUCACUCUUUAAAAGUAUUAACACUGCCAGAGCUGGUGAGCGGAGUGCGCACGCCCUAGGACACGCCGGGACUCCGGGUCACAUGCAACUCUCCUCCGGACUGGAAGUAGCCUUGUUUAUUUGGUGCUGGUUUAUUUAGUGAGUCCGAAUAAUACACACGCUUAUGCUAUUGUCAAUUUUGUACCAUCACAAACCACAAGACUGUCGUCAGUUCACAUUCUCACCAUCAGCACACAACGGUACUCAUUUCCGUGUGCUCUUGCAACACAGGACAUUUUUUCCCCACUUUUGCCAACCUAAGUAAAACGCGAUCUGUAGUUGCUUUAAAUUGCAUUUGUCUAAUUGCCCGAGAUGAACAUUCACUCAACACAUUGUGUUUGUUCUUGGGUGCUGAGCGAGCAGAGGGGAACAGAGUGGUCCUCUUCACGAGUUCUUGUGUGAAAUGCUCUAAACCCUUCACUCUCUUUUCUGGUGGUCAUUUAAACUUUAGAAAA